AUGGAUUGGCAAGACUUCCAAAUCGUUAACUUAGACAAGCGGGAGGCACUACUCAUACCCUAUGGCCCCUUGGAGGAAUGGUUGUUUGACCGGAUGUUGGACACUCUUCUGAGUCCGCUCCUUGCGAUUCCGCUGGACGUGCCGGUCAACCUUGGUGACAUCAGCGCCAUCCUGGCCCAUACGCAGAGCGCCAUCCUGGGCCACCGCUCCCGUCGCUAUGGCCAGUUUGAACGCCUGCCGGUUGAACUACUCCUCAUGAUCUUCGACGCGGUAGAAGAGCUGCAAUACAAGCUAGCCCUUACACUCACUUGCAGAUAUCUCCUCGAGAUUGGCAGCAAGCACAUUCGCACCCACAUCAAUGCAGGCGUGACGAGAUGGGUGGGUGACCGUAUUAUCAUCUUAGGCUCUGAUAUGUUGGACGAAGACUUGCCCGCAGGUUUGCUCGCCAACGGUAAGGAGAAGGUGGUGGGAGAGGAUGACGACGGAGUGGAUAAAGAAGAAAGAAUAGGCGAUGCCGCUGGCCAGGAUGACGGACCGGCGGACGAGGAUGGGCAAACACGAAAGGUCGAGAACGACCUGUACGAUCUCGCGACCCACAUCUUCAGGGGUAUUGAUAGCGUAGACUGGCUCGAACGGCAGGUCCAGGUCCCAAUAUCCUUCGUCCAAAGAUUGACCUUGGGCGAGCAAUUCGGCGCCAAGGAACUUUGCAGAAUUCUCUACGUUGUGCCAGGCCAGCCGGCGCCCGUGUGGGUGCUUUGCAACAGGACGAAGUAUGAGUUUGUUCGAGCGGACGCCACCGCUCAGGUCACGCUCUGGCAGCUUCAAGGACCGUUCGCCCAUGGGGGUGUCGGGCUUGGGCAUGUUCUCGCCUCCCUCCUCUGCUGGUCGUCGAUGGCUACAGCCUACCCGGGGAACCUCCAUCGCGGUCGAUGGGCUGGUGACCGCAUUGAAAUCACGACGACGGAUAGGCUACGGCUGCCGCCAGGUAAUGUUUGGAGAGAUGUUAGCCAACAAGCUCUGGAACGGCUGGCUGAGGUUUGGGACGCCGAGCACGCGGACGAGGAGGAAGACUGGCGUGGCCCCAUAGAAGAGUGGUGGGCCAGUGCUACUUGGUAG